AUGGAUCUGGGGACUAAAAGAGUCGCUGGGAUUAUCGCUCGGGUCGCCCUGCUCCUCUCCUGCUCGUACGGGACAACCGGAGAAGAGGUGUGUGACAGCACCCUGGUGUCCAACCUGCCGCCGUCGUCCUUCAGAAGCUCCUCCCAGCUGUCCAGCAGCCACGCACCAGGCUUCGCCAAACUCAACAAGAGAGAAGGAGCUGGAGGUUGGUCUCCUCUCGUCUCAGACAGAUACCAGUGGUUGGAGGUCGACUUGGGCGAGCGAACCAAGAUCACGGCCGUCGCCACGCAGGGUCGCUACGGCAGCUCUGAUUGGCUGACGUCCUACCUGCUGAUGUUCAGCGACACCGGACACAACUGGAAGCAGUACAGACAGGAGGACAGCAUAGGGUCAUUUCCAGGUAACAGUAACGCAGACAGCGUGGUUCAGAACAAGCUGCAGCAGCCGACAUUCGCCCGCUUCCUCCGCCUGAUUCCUCUGGACUGGAACCCCAACGGACGGAUCGGACUCCGUCUGGAGGCCUACGGAUGUCCUUACACCUCUGAUAUUGUGAGCUUCGACAGCGGCAGCAGCGGUCUGGUGUUCAGGUUGAGUCCCCGGCCGCGGAAAACGUCCAGAGAGGUCGUCUCUCUAAAGUUUAAAGCCCUGAGGAAUUCUGGGACGCUGCUGCAGGCGGAAGGACGGGACGGACUCGGCCUCAGUCUGGAGCUGGAGAGAGGAAAGCUGCUGCUGCUGCUCAGACAAGGCAGGACUUCAUCCUUGGAAUCACGGCGCCUUGCCUCCCUCGGCAGUCUGUUAGACGAUCAGCAUUGGCACCAUGUAGCAGUGGAGCAGAGAAACGCUCACCUUAACCUCACUGUGGACAAACACACGGAAAAAGUUCAGAUACCUGCAGAGUUCAACCACUGGAACAUCGAACAGCUGAGUGUCGGAGCCGUCCAGAGACUCGACUCCCAGAAACCAGCCAUCUCAAAAAGGAACUUUCAUGGCUGCUUGGAAAACCUGCUGCACAACGGCGUCAACCUGAUAGAACUAGUGAAAAACAAUGACCAUCAAGUCGCUGUAAAGGGCAAUGUGACCUUUUCUUGUGCUGAACCGGUUUCCGUCGCCGUGACGUUCACCGGCCCCCAGAGCUUCCUGCAGCUGCCGGGGGCGACGGCGUCCUCGCCGGGGGGCGUGUCUUUGGGGUUCCAGUUCAGGACGUGGAACAAGGCGGGGCUUCUGCUCACCUUUGACCUCCCUCAGCAGGGAGGUGUGGUCUGGUUGUACCUGAGUGAGGCCAGACUCCGGCUGCAGAUACAUAAAGACGGCAGAGCGCUGCUGGAGCUCACUGCAGGCUCUGCUCUGAAUGACGGUCAGUGGCAUUCGGUGGAUGUUGCCUCCAGACGCAGCCGUCUGAUCGUCUCUGUGGAUAAAGAAGAAGGUGGCGUUGCUCAUGCUAACCCGUCGUUUCCUGUCAUUGUGGGAGGCCAGCUCUUCUUUGGUGGUUGUCCUGCUGAUGACCACAGUCAGGACUGUGAAAACCCCUUCAACGUCUUCCAGGGCUGCAUGCGUCUCCUCACUGUGGACAACCAGCCGGUGGAUCUGAUCAGAGUGCAGCAUAGACUGCUGGGAAAUUACAGCCAACUGCAGAUCGACAUGUGCGGCAUCAUCGACAGGUGCUCUCCCAGCCGCUGCGAGCACGGCGGCCGCUGCAGUCAGUCCUGGAACGUCUUCCACUGCAACUGCUCUGACAGCGGAUACAGCGGCGCCAUCUGCCACAGCGCUGUGUACGAACAGUCCUGCGAGGCGUACAAACACAACGGCAACACGUCUGGACACUUUUACAUCGACGUGGACGGCAGCGGACCAAUCAGACCACAGCUGGUCUACUGCAACAUGACAGAGGAGAACACAUGGAUGGUGAUGCAGCACAACAACACAGAGCUGACCUCAGUCCGGCCGUCUCCAGGUGUAAAUCAGCAUUUAGUCCACUUUGACUACUCCGCUCAAGAGGAGCAACUAUUGGCCGCCAUCAGCCAAUCAGAGCACUGCGAGCAGGAGCUGUCCUACCACUGCAGGAAGUCCCGCCUCCUCAACACUUUAGAGGGUUCUCCGUUCAGCUGGUGGCUCGGUGGUCCGGGUUCUGGUGGUGUCCAGACCUAUUGGGGAGGAGCUCAUCCAGGCAGCCAGCAGUGUGCCUGCGGCCUGCAGGGCGACUGUGUGGAUCCACAACACUACUGUAACUGUGACGCCGACCGCAUGGAGUGGACUGAAGACUCGGGCCUCCUGACCCACAAGGAGAGCCUCCCGGUCAGGUCUCUGGUGCUGGGCGACAUCCAGAGGCCGGGCUCGGAGGCUGCCUACAGGGUGGGACCGCUGCGUUGUCAUGGAGACAAGAACUUCUGGAACGCUGCGUUUUUCGACAAGGAGACGUCGUACCUCCACUUCCCCACCUUCCACGGAGAGCUGAGCGCAGACAUCUCCUUCCUGUUUAAGACCACGGCCUCCUCCGGUGUGUUCCUGGAAAACCUGGGCAUCAAAGACUUCAUCCGCAUCGAGCUGAGCUCCUCCACUCAGGUGCUUUUCUCCUUCGAUGUCGGUAACGGACCGCUGGAGGUUCUCGUGGAGUCGAGCGACCUGCUCAAUGACAACCGGUGGCACCGAGUCCGGGCCGAGCGGAACGUCAAGGAGGCGUCGCUUCGACUGGACGACCUUCCUGUCGCCACGCAGGAGGCUCCUGCUGACGGACACUUCCACCUGCAGCUCAACAGCCAGCUCUUCAUCGGCGGCACAGCGUCCAGGCAGAAGGGUUUCCGAGGCUGUAUUCGCUCUCUGCAGCUGAACGGCGUCACCCUGGACCUGGAGGAGAGAGCCAAGAUCACGCCCGGUGUUCAGCCCGGCUGCCCGGGUCACUGCAGCAGCUACGGGUCGCUCUGCCAGAACCAGGGCCGCUGUGUGGAGAGAACCAACGGCUUCCACUGUGACUGCGGCCUGUCGGCGUACACUGGAGUCUUCUGCCAGACAGAGGUGUCGGCCAGCUUCAAGUUGGGAACGUCCGUCAGCUACACCUUCAAGGAGCCCUACGAGCUGAGCAGGAACAGCAGCGCUCUGCCGUCCUCCAUCUACUCUGACAUGACGCUGAGAGGAGAGAACGUCUCGCUGAGCUUCAGGACGAACCAGAGUCCUGCUCUGCUGCUCUACGUCAGCUCCUACUACAGAGAGUACCUGGCCCUGCUCAUCAACAAGCACGAUAAGCUGGAGGUGAGAUACAAGCUGGACAGCAGCAGAGAUGCUGAAGUUUUAAAGAGCAACGUGAGGAGUUUGGCCAACGGACAGCUGCACACCGUUUCCAUCAGGAGACUGACGGACUCUGUGUCAGUUCAGAUUGACCAAAAUGCCAGAGAAGACUUCAACCUGACAUCCGACGGAGAAUUCAACGCCAUCAAGUCCCUGGUUUUGGGCAGAGUGCACGAGUCUGAUGACUUGGAUCCGGACCUGGCCAGGUUGGCGUCUCUCGGUUUCGCCGGCUGUCUGUCGGUGGUCCAGUUCAACACCAUCAGCCCUCUGAAAGCAGCUCUGCUCCACCCGGACACCAGCCCCGUCAUCAUCAGCGGACCUUUGGUUCAGUCCAACUGUGGCUCUGCAGCUUCAGCCAAUCCCCACGCAGAGGAGAACACACACCACCUGUCAGAUCAGUCUGGUUCUGUGGGUUCAGGUCAACCUUUAGUCAAUGCCAUCAGGACUGACUCUGCUCUCAUUGGAGGAGUCAUAGCUGUUGCCAUUUUUGUGACUGUCACUGCUUUGGCGGUAGCUGCCAGAUUCCUCUACCGAAGAAAAGAGACGUAUCGAAACCAGGAAGUGAAGGGAGUCAAACAGGAAGACAGCCAAGAUUUCUCUUUCAACAAUCAGGUCGACUCCCAGAACGUCUCCACUGAGAACCCGAAAGAGUUUUUCAUUUAA